AACGGAAUUCCCGCGAAUAUUUAACUGGAAUUUCCUGCUCUUUAUUUGGAAAUAAAAAGAAGCAGAUAAAGAAGCCAGAAUUAUGAAUAAAAAUCCUCGUUUUAUCCGCUGAUCCGCCAUAAUACUGCGUCUUUUAGUUUAAGAAACAACCGAAAUGAUGAAACACGUGAUUAAAGUGUAAAUGUUGUUUCUCGUGAAUAACAAACAUUAUUAUUAAUUAUUAUUAGCAUUUAUCUUGUCUCAAAGUGAUCAUUUACAUAGUCUGAUUUAAAUAUUUUUAGUAACAAAAGAACCAUAAGUGAUUCGACAUGUCUUUAAAACGUUAUAUUUAUUUAAAUUUUGUUGCAACUGUUUUUCUAUACGUUAAUGGAAAUCCUGUUUCAAAUGCAACCAGUUCAGGAGAAUGCGUUCUGCCAAUUUAUCCUCCAAAAGGAAAAUGGUCGAUUAUUGGAGGACCUGAUACAAAUCCUGGAUCUAAAGUGCCAUUAAAUACUAUUAUUACCUUUUCCUGUGAUAAAAAAUACAAACUUUCAAGUGACUACAGCGUGAUAACAUGUCUUGGAGGCGAUUGGGACCUACCUCCACCCCAAUGUCUAUUGACAGAAGGAAGGAGUAAACGAAGAAAAAGAGGAGAAGAAAUAAAAGGGGAAAUAACAGGAAUAGGCGGAGACGGUGGUGACGCACAUGUAGGAAGAGAAGGAGAAGGUCGAGGAGAAGGUCGAGGAGAAGGUGCCGCGGUGGGAGGAAGAGGCGGCGAUGGAGUUGUAUUAGGAGAAGCGACAGGAAUUAUAACGGGAAAACUUACUGGAAAAGGAGGAAGAGGAGGUGUAGGUAGAGCCGGCAGACCGAGCGGAAGAGGCGAAGGCGUCGGAGGAAGAGGAGGAGAUGGAUUGGUAAUAGGAAUAAUAGGAGCGAGGAGGAGAAGGGAUGUAGGAGUACAAAUUCAACCAGUUGAAGAAGAUAAAGAAGAAACGCAUCAAGUAAAAAGGCAAUUAUAUUUUGGAAAGGAGGAAUAUAACCCUGGUGGGGGCAGAGGAGGAGACGGAAUUGUAAUUGGAUCGGGUGGAAGAAGGACAGUCAUAGGUCCGGGAGAAGAAGGAAGUUCACAUUACGACGAAAGUGGAGACGCUCGUGGAGGACAAGGAGGAACUGGAGUUACAAGAGGAGGAGGUGGAAAGGGAGGGUCAGAUAGCCAAGGAGGUAGUGGAUGGACUGGAAAUACAGGACAAGGAGGAGAGGGUCCCAGAGGUCAAGAUGGACUAGUAAUUGGAAAAGAUGAGACAGUAAACGGGUACGCAAUAGGAGUUGGACAACCAGGUGGUAAUGGAGAACAGACAGGUGGUCGAGGAGGUGAUGGAGCUGUAGUAAAUGGAGGAGGAAGAGUAAACGGAGUAUUAAUAGGAAUUGGUGGAGACGGAGGUUCAUCAGGAUCAAAUAAUAAGAACCAAGGGAAACAAGGUGCGGGAAAAGGAAGUAGGCCAGGAGGAAUAUCGGGGGGCACAAACGGAUAUUCAGGACAAAGUGGAUUCGGACAAGGUGGAUUCGAUCAAGAUGGAUACGGACAAGAAGGAACGUUCAACAGUAGAGGACAAAAUACAGAUUUUACGGGUGGAAGAGGAGGGACUGGACUUGUAAUAAGGGGAGGAACAGUAAGCGGAACUGUAGUUGGAGUAGGAGGACAAGGUGGAUCAUCAGGAGGAUAUUAUCGAAGGAAAAGAGAAACUCACGCAGAAGAAGUGAAUCCAACUCUUCUAGAAGGAGAAAAAGGAGAGGCUUUAUCUAAGAGUCAAGAAGACCAAGUUAGAACAAAAAGACAAUCGCGAAUAAAAAGUAUAACCACUUCACAACAUCUUUUCGUAAAAGUUAUUAAAGACGGCAAGACGUACGACUUAGCCUGGCAUCAGGGAAAUCAUGAUCCAUGGAAUGGACAAGGAGGAACGUCAAUAGGAGGAACGGGUGGAACUGGAAUAUCGUUAAUCGACAAUCCGGAGUUAGAAGGAAUUCUAGUAGGAUUUGGAGGUCAAGGGGGACAUACAUAUAUCAAACGUAACAAACGAGAAGUGGAAGAGAAAAAUCAAAUUAUUUUGCAAGAAAAAGAAGUUGCGAAGAUGCAGCUAGAUGGAGACAGAAUAAAAAGACAAGCAACUAUAAAUGGUAUAACGUAUCCAGGACCCAUAUUAGUAGGGGGAAGAGGAGGAGAUGGUCUCAUAAUAAGUGGAGGAGUGAUACAAGGAUUUGUCGUUGGAUACGGGGGACAAGGAGGAAGUCCAAAUCAGGGUCGUAAAAGACGUAAAGUACAAGAAUACAUCCAACAAAGCUUUCCAGACGUGUAAAGAACAAAAUCAACUAAUUUUUUCUUCGAAUAUCUCA